AGCUGUUAAAAUAUUUCACUUUAAGUAUUGUGGAGGACAUGAAAUAAGAGAAUGUUAAUGAAUUAUACUUCAGUAUCAUAUUUUAUACGUUAUUUCAUAUAUUUAGAGCUUUCAAAGGAAAGGAACAAAUUCAUAUUAUCAGAUGCUACUCAUGAGAAUCGAAAAUGGGCAAUCUAAUUGGAAAUGCUGUAUCAUCAGUCACAUCUGUGACUGUACCUCCAUUGAUUAGGAUUAUUAUCGCCCUCUUAAUCACGUUAGCUAUUUAUAAUCCAAAAACAACAAAUAAUUUUAAAUCGAAGUAUGAUUACAUAGUAGUUGGAGCAGGAGCAGCAGGUUCUGUGAUAGCAGCUCGGCUUUCUGAAGAUCGUUGUGUAUCAGUACUACUUCUUGAAGCCGGUCCAAAAGCCAUUCCACUAACAGAAGUACCAUCCUUUUCAUUUUUUACUCAAAAUAGCCCUAAUGAUUGGGGAUACAAAACUGUACCACAAAAGAGGGGAGCUCUAUUUCUACUUAAUCGCCAAAUGGUAACUCCAAGAGGCAAAGGAUUAGGAGGGUCAACUUUGUUGAAUUAUUUUAUGUACGUGAGAGGAAACCGCCGUGAUUACGAUGGUUGGGCAAAGCAAGGAGCUACCGGAUGGUCCUGGAAAGAUGUCUAUCCAUACUUUCUCAAAUCUGAAGGCAACACAGAUCCAAAGAUCGUUGCAGAUGGUUACCAUAACACAAGUGGUCCCCUGACAAUUCAAAGUGCCCAGUGGAGCACUCCACUGAUGGAAGCAUGGAGAAAAGCAGCUGCCGAACGUGGAUAUGAAUAUAGAGACAUUAAUGGAGAAAAGCAAACCGGAUUUUAUAAAAUACAAGGAUUUUUGAGAAAUGGUCGAAGAUGCACCACAUCCAAAGCCUUUCUAAUACCUGCACAAGAUCGUCCGAAUUUAGACAUUGUUACUGAUGCUUUAGUCACAAAGGUAUUAAUAGACAGAAAUAAGAAUGCAUACGGAGUGAAAUUCCAAAAAGAUGGAAAAGAUCAUGAAGUUCAUAUUAACAAAGAAGUUAUUGUGAGCGGAGGAACCAUAAAUUCUCUUCAACUUCUGAUGCUUUCAGGAAUCGGUCCCAGGAAACACCUCGAGGCAAAAGGGAUACCAGUAAUUGAAGAUUUACCUGUAGGAGACAAUUAUCAAGAUCAUGUAGGUACUUUUUUCUUGAAUUUUGAAGCAACAGGAUCAAAAGAUACAAUUCAACAAAUUUUUAGCAGACCACUUGGUAGUCUGAUUGAUUACAAUUCAAAGGGAACAGGGCCUUUUGCUAGCUUCAAUGGUAUAGAAGGUCAAGCUUGGGUCAAUUCUAAAUUCAAUGAUCCUUCUCUUGAUUGGCCUGAUUUAGAGAUUCAUUUAGAAGCUUUCUCACCUACGUCUGAUGCAGGAUUAGUAUCCGGACAUUUGUUGGGUAUUCCGCAAAAAGUGAUCAAUCAGGUCUACCUUCCAUAUCUGGGAAAGCAUACUUUCACGAUGUUCUCAUGCUUCCUGAGACCUUUCAGCAGAGGAACUGUAAGGCUUGCUACAGCAAAUCCAAAUGAUUAUCCUCUCAUAGAUCCUAACACUUUCGCAAACGCAAGCGACAUUGACCGAGUACAGGCAGUGCUGCAAGAAAAUGUGGAUAUUGUCACUAAAACGAAUGCUUUCAAGGAAAUUGGUGCAAAAUUAUUUGAAACGAAAUUUCCUGGAUGCGAACAAUUUGAAGCAAACAGUACGUAUUAUUCUCCGGAGUACUUAAGAUGUAUAGCUAUUGGUUACACAUUCAAUCUGUACCAUCCAGUUGGUACAUGCAAAAUGGGAAGUGCCGAUGACAAAACUACAGUUGUCGAUCCACAGUUAAAGGUUAAAGGAAUAAGGAAUUUGCGAGUGGCAGAUGGAUCCAUCAUUCCGAAUCAGGUAUCUGGAAAUACUGAAGCACCAAUCGUCAUGAUUGGAGAAAAAUGUUCCGAUAUGAUCAAAGCAGACAAUCCUGAUAGGAAUAAUUGUUAACUAAUUGACAGAGAAUGCUUUCAAGUUAAGUUUAAGCUUAUUGAAUCUGAUGUUUUAUCUGUGUAAAAGUGUUCUUUUUCUCCCUUUUUUUUUAUAAAAAUGUGACGAAAACUGUUUUCUGAUGCAGAAAAAAUUAUUUGAAAGAAGAAAAUAAAAACGCUUGUUUUAUCACAAUGACUAUAUAACUCAGUAAAAGAAUAUCGUGAUAACCUGA